AUGCUUGUUGUAUUUGAUGAAACUUUACUUCGAUUACCAUCUUGUUUAAAUGUACAUGCACAACUUCGUCCUAAUUUAAAUAAAUUUACAUCUGAUGAAUAUGUUCAAUUUAUUCAACAAUUAAAUUCAAUAAAUAUAUGUGGUAUUAUACGAAAAAAUGAAUCCGAAACAAAUGUUUUAGCAUUAGCUAUCUAUAGAAAUUUUUUAACAACAUAUGAUACAGUUCGUUUUGAAAUUGAUGAUUUAAUUGUUGAUGAAAAAGAACGUAAUCAUGGUUUAGGUACACGUCUUAUUAAUUAUUUAAUUCAACAAGCAAAACAAUGUGAUGCAUUACAAAUAAUGAUACAUUGUGAUUUAAAUAAUACAGAUGCACAUCGAUUUUUAUUUCGUCUUGGUUUUACUAUAAAUGUUUUUGAAUUUUAUUUAAAAAAUAAUCAAUUAUUAGAAAGUAAUCAAUUAAUUCAUAUUAUUGAUAUAACAGAUAUAAUAGAAAAUGAAAAUGAACAAUAUUUAAUUCAAGCUUAUGAUAUUUAUAGACAACUUCGACCACAUUUACCAGAUAAUCAAAUAACAUAUAUUAAUCAAAUUCGAAAUAUAUGUCGUACAGGUCCAGCUCGAAUAAUAAUUGCAAUAAAUAAUAAUAAUGAAGUAUUUGGUUUAGCAACAUAUCGUAUAACUUAUAAUGUUACAUAUAAUAAACAUAUCUAUUGUGAUGAUUUAGUUACAAAUGAAAAUAAUCGAAGUUUAGGUGUUGGUCGAUGUUUAAUUAAUUAUAUGAAAAAUAUAGGAAAUACAUUAGGUAUUGAUAAAUUAAUAUUAGAUAGUGGAUGUCAACGAGGACGUGCACAUAAAUUUUAUUAUCGAGAAGGCUUUAUUAUUAAUCGAUUUGGAUUUAGAAUAUCAUGUUAA